UCUUUCUCUCUCUCUGUAUUUAUAUGCCAUCUCUCGCUCGCUCUCUCGCUCUCUCUCUCACUCUUCUCUAAAGCGACUCCUUACGUAGUCUCUCUCUAAAAAUAGAGACUCCUCCAGAGGGAUAGUAGGGAUGGGUUGCACGGCCUCGAAGCUGGACAACGAGGACACCGUGAGGCGGUGCAAGGAGCGGCGCCGCCUCAUGAAAGACGCCGUCUGCGCCCGCCACCACCUGGCCGCCGCCCACGCCGACUACUGCCGCUCCCUCCGCAUCACCGGCUCCGCCCUCUCAGUCUUCUCCUCCGGUGAACCCCUCGCCGUCUCCGACCAAACCCCCUCCGUCCUCCUCCGCACCCCCUCCUCCCUCUCCCACUCCACCUCCAUGCCCCAACACCACCACAACAACAACAGCAACAUCAACAUCCCCCCCUCUCCCUCCCCUCCUCCUCCACCACCGCCUCCUCACUUCUCCACCGCUCCUUCCCCCACCAUUGCCAGCUCCAAACUCCCCCACAUCCUCUCCGCCUCCAGCAAAUCCUCCUCUCGCCGCCACCACCAGCAAAGAAAACCCAUCAAACUCCCUCACAUUCUCUCCGAAUCGAGCCUCUCUUCGUCCCCACGAAGCCACAACCCAGCUCGAUCACCCCCAAACUACACAUACAACGCAAAUCCCACCUAUUCAACCACUCCCUCUCAAGCUUCUUCCGCUUGGAACUGGGAAAAUUUCUACCCUCCUUCUCCUCCCGAUUCUGAAUUCUUCCAACGCCGCCCCAACAACAACAACAACAACGAUGAUGACAAAGCCUCAACCUUCUCUGAAUUCGACAAAGCCUCAACCUACUCUAAUUACCAAAAUCACCACCAUAAGCACCAAAAUCACAACCACAUCGAUGUCGAUGAUGGAGAAGAGACGGUGGUCAGAGAGGAGGUUCAGUACAGCGAAUGGGACGACCAUUACAACACCACCACCUCGUCCGAAGAAGACGAUGGAGAUGAGGACAGAGAUUCCAGAUCUGAAAUGGGUACACAGUCGAAUUUCGGAUCAUCGGUACACAACGAACCCAGAGCUCAGCCGCCUGCUGCUGCGGCGCCGAAGUACUCUAAGUCUGAAAAGUCCGACGAUGCGGGUUCUUCCGCCAGCUGGAACGCCGCCGGCAACGGCGGCGCCGACAUGAAAAUGGUGGUCCGGCACCGAGAUCUAGCGGAAAUCGUGGCGGCGAUUAAAGAGUACUUCGACAAGGCCGCUUCGGCCGGAGAGCAAGUUUCCGAAAUGCUCGAGACGGGUCGCGAUCAAUUGGAUCGAAGUUUCAGACAAUUGAAGAAGACUGUGUAUCAUUCGAGUGGGGUUUUCAGUAACUUGAGUUCGAGCUGGACUUCGAAGCCUCCAUUGGCAGUUAAGUACCGGUUUGAACCGGGUUCAAUUGAUGAGCCGGGCGGUUCUAAGAGUCUCUGUUCUACAUUGGAAAGGCUAUUGGCUUGGGAGAAGAAACUCUAUCAAGAAGUGAAGGCUAGAGAAGGUGUGAAUAUUGAGCAUGAAAAGAAGUUAGCUGCCCUACAAAGUCAGGAGUACAGAGGGGAUGAUGAAGUGAAGUUGGACAAGACAAAGGCCUCUAUUAAGAGGCUACAAUCGUUAAUUGCGGUCACGUCUCAGGCCGUUGCCACCACCUCCUCUGCCAUCAUUGGUCUGAGAGACACUGAACUUGUCCCGCAGCUUGUUGAUCUUUGUCAUGGGUUCAUGUACAUGUGGAAAUCAAUGAACCAAUUCCAUGAAGUUCAGAAUCACAUUGUGCAGCAAGUGCGAGGCCUUGUGAACAGAUCAACAAAGGGCGAGUCUACCUCUGAUCUGCAUCGACAAGCAACUCGUGACCUUGAGUCUGCUGUCUCAGCCUGGCACUCCAGUUUCUGCCGCCUAAUCAAAUUCCAAAGGGAUUUCAUUCGCUCCCUCCAUGGCUGGUUCAAGCUGACCAUCCUUUCCGUCAACAGAGAAGAAACCAACGACAACAACAGAGAACUGUCCGAGGUGUUUGCCUUCUGUGAUGAGUGGAAACUUGCCCUUGAUCGUCUCCCAGACACAGUCGCAUCCGAAGCCAUCAAAAGCUUCAUCAACGUCGUUCAUUCAAUAUCUCUGAAACAGACAGAGGAAGUCAAGAUCAAGAAAAGAACGGAGUCUGCAGCAAAAGAGCUUGAGAAGAAAGCUUCAGCUCUGAGGAGUAUAGAAAAGAAGUACUACCAUUCGUACUCCAUGGUUGGCAUCGGGCUUCCUGAUACUGGACCUGAUAAUGGCCAUGCCUUAGAUGCUCGAGACCCACUUGCUGAGAAAAAAUUAGAGCUUGUGGCUUGCCAAAGGCGAGUGGAAGAUGAAAUGUUGAGGCACUCUAAGGCUGUGGAGGUGACCAGAGCAAUGACGCUGAAUAACAUUCAGACCGGCUUGCCAGGAGUUUUCCAAGCCAUGACCAGUUUUUCGGCCUUAAUUAUGGAGGCACUUGAGACAGUGUGCGCGCGAUCUUACGCGAUUAAAUAGAUCAGAACCUAGUAGUCUUAAUAGUAAUGUUAUUUUUUAUUUUUGUGUUUUGGGUAAGUUGGAGAUGGUGAGUGGACUGGGACUAUGAACCAGUGGGCUUUUGUUUUUUUUGUUAAUUUUUGCCCCCUUUUUGUUUGUUGAUGUGUAGAUAUAUGGAAUUUUUGAGGUUUUGUCAUAUCCUUUUUUGUUAGUUGGGGAAGGGAAAGGAAAGGAAGGGAAUGGGAAUGUAUGUUUCUGUACAGGAAAUUGCUUGGCAUUGUUGUAUGAGAAUGAGAGGUUUCACUUUUUCAGCAAUGAAUAAAUGUCCUUUUUUGUGAAGUGAAA